CGAACAGGGCCCAUUACUGUCACUCUUUCUCAUUUUUCUUUGUACUGUCGUUCUUUACAUACAGUCAUUCAUUCAAUUAAAACAUUAUGCGUUUCGCUCCUCUUGCAGCGACCGUUGCGUCCCUGGGCGUGGCCAGUGCUGCAGCCAUCAAGCCGAAGGACACUGCGCUGCGGGCUCGCGAUACCUGCUUGGAUGUGGAGUUCACCGGCGAGGUCUUGCACCUCUCCUUGAACAUCAUCGAGUACCCUGUUGUGGUCGAUGUUCAGCUCGAGGAGGAUGCCAUCAUCACCGUUGACAACACUAUUCUCAUCGAGGCUACGAAUGCGCCUACUCACUUGCACACCACGGUGAUGGCUACUUCUACUUCUACUAUCACCAAGACAAUUUCCACGGCUACCAUCACUGCUGGUGGUGGUGAGGCUACUGCUGGUUUUGGCUCUGGUGCUGCUGGAGUUGUUGUCGGUGCUGGUUCUGGCUCUGGCUCUGGCUCUUCCAGCUCUGGACCUGGCUCUUCUGGCUCGUCCGGAUCUUUCAGUUCGGGCUCCUCUGGAGUUGUCGCUGGCUCUGGAUCCUCCAGCUCCGGCUCCGGCUCGUCCGGAGUUGUCUCUGGCUCCUCUGGUUCCUCUGGCUCCUCUGGUUCCUCUGGCUCCUCUGGCUCCUCUGGCUCCUCUGGGUCCUCUGGCUCCUCUGGCUCCUCUGGCUCCUCUGGAUCUGGCUCCGGCUCAUCCAACAAUGGAUUCCCAGCUGUCGUGACCAACAUCAACCCUAAGACCACCAACACCCGCCUCAUCCACCCUCAAGUGACCGGCUCCAAGAGCCUUCCCCCCGUCGCCGGCGGUUCUGCCGUUGGCUCGGGCGUCAACACCGCGCUCUACACAGCGUCGACCUCCAACACUCUGGUUGGCACGAAGACGACGACCAUCCGCGGCGUCUCCACCACCGCGACCCGCACCUACACCACCACGCUGGCCUCGACCACCGCGACGCAGGCCGCGGGCGAGUUCACUGACUGGACGAAGUUCAAGGCCAACGGCGUGAACCUGGGCGGCUGGCUGGAGCAGGAACAGGUUUUCGACCAGGUGUGGUGGGACUCGUACGCCCCCAACGCGACCGACGAAUGGACUUUCUGCAAGACCCUGGGCUCGCAGUGCGGGCCUGUUCUCGAGGAACGCUAUGCCACCUACAUCACCACCGACGACAUUGACCGCGUCGCCGCAGUCGGCGUCAACACCCUCCGCAUCCCCACCACCUACGCCGCCUGGAUCCAGGUCCCCGGCUCGCAGCUCUACCACGGCAACCAACAGACCUACCUCCGCAACAUCGCCACCUACGCAAUCCAGAAAUACAACAUGCGGGUGAUCAUCGGCCUGCACUCACUCCCCGGCGGCGUCAACAGCCUGGACAUCGGCGAAGCCUUCGGGCACGACGGUUGGUUCUACAACGCGACGAACCUGCAGUACAGUUACAGCGCGGUCUCGGCCGUGCUGGACUUCAUCGCCAGCACGGGCAGCCACGCGUGGGCGUUCACGCUGUCCCCGCUCAACGAAGCCUCCGACAACCCGGCGGGCUUCGCCAGCCCCACGACGCUGACGGACAACGGCACCGCGUGGAUCGUGCAGUACACGAAGGGGGUGCUCGAGCGGAUCGCGCGCAGCGCCGUUCCGGCCGUUCCCGUCAUGCUGCAGGACUGCUUCCUGGGCGAGGAGCACUGGUCCGGCCACUUCGACGCCUCCGCCAACCUGGUCUUCGACACCCACGUCUACUACUUCGCCGCCUCCGGCGUCUACUCCCAGUGGGCGCAGGGCGCCAUCUGCGGCCAGGCCAGCGUUUUGGGGGGUGACGGCAAGUUCCCCGUCUUCGUCGGCGAGUGGGCCCUCCAGACCCUGUACAGCAACACCUUCGCCAACCGCCGCACCCUGUUCGAGACCCAGCGCUACGCCUGGUCGUACUAUGUCCAGGGCGGCAGUUUCUGGAAUAUCAAGCACAAGUCCACCGCCAAGGUUGAUGGGCAGGGCACCCAGCAGGAUUACUGGAGUUAUGAGCUGCUGUUGGAUGAGGGGGUCAUCGGGCCGAUUAAGAGCAAUGCCACUUAUUGCUAGAUGGUUGGGGCUUGUGGGGAGGAUUUGAGGUAGUUGUUUGAGAGGACUGAAGGGAGAGGAUAUAUUAAUAUACUAGAUUAAUGAG